AUGAGUAAACCGUUGAAAGCGACCGUAAACUGCGACAUGGGGGAGGGAUUCUCCUUGUACACCAUGGGAGAUGACGAAGGUCUUAUGAAGACAAUCCAUUUAGCAAAUAUUGCUUGUGGAUUCCAUGCUUCCGACUUCUCAGUCAUGAACAAGACAGUUGCACUCGCCAAGUCCAACAAUGUUCUCGUAGGUGCCCACCCUUCCUUGCCUGAUUUACAAGGCUUUGGGCGUCGUGAGAUGGCAAUUGAGCCAGAAUCCUGCUUCAUCUAUCAGGUCGGUGCAUUGGACGGGUUUUUAAAACGCUACGGCCUUCCAAUGAAUCACAUCAAACCCCACGGCUCUGUCUAUGGUCAGACAGCACGCUCCAUCGAUCCUCGCACGGGCAGUUCUAGCGCGGCCGGUCCUCAAGGUGUAGCCUUUAUGGGGCUCGCUGGAACAGCUCAUCAACAAGCUACAGAAGAGCUGGGUGUGCCGUUUAUUGCAGAGUGGUUUGCUGACCUUGAUUACAAUGACGAGGGGAAAUUGUUGAUCACGAAGAAGCAUGAUCCAGUACCCAUUGAAGUCGUGCGUCAACGAGUCAAAAACCUUCUAAAGCUCCACAAAGUUUCUACGGUCGGAGGCAAGCUGCUUGACAUCGGAGCAAAUGUCACUGAGGUUUCCAUAUGCUGCCAUUCCGAUACUCCCGGUGCGGUUGAAAUCGCCCAAGCAGUGAAAGCCUUGGUGGACGAAAGCAACAGAGAAGCCGGUUAUGUGUAAGCGGUGGCAGAGAAUCUCAUAAAUAAGUACAAGAGGUUUCAGUCCAAAAUUCCACGGACCACAUUUUGAAGACGAUAACAACGACCAUCAAUUUUAAUGACUGGAACCCAAGCGAAUAAGGUAGUCGUCAGUUACGGGAUAUGAAAAGCGAAUAAUGAAAGGCCUAUAGGACGAUCAGAACAGUAUCUCGAGAUAGUAUGGCAGGGGGGACAGUGAUCAGUAGUACGUGUGGUAUAUCUAGAUUGAAUCAAAUGGUAAUGAAAGGGUAUAUUCAGCGUGCAUAGCGAAUGCUGUUCUGUUAGCACAAAGAAUGUCGGAUCGUUAAAAUGAGAUAUGAUUUUGCUAGAAUCGUACUGGAGUGCAAAAUGCAUGAUAUGUUCUAGUCGGACAGCGUCGAAAAGCACGGAAUAAAAUUGUUCAUCAAACAGUAGGUAAAGAAGUGUGAUAUCGCAUCA